AAAUUGCCUGUUUUUGUCUUGCUGCUAAUACCCACUAUACAACUGCAGUUUAAGUUGCUUACCAAACACCACAAAGAAGGAAACACCACCAGAAGGAAUUUGUCCCACCGUUAAACCUUAAACUUGAAUAUUGGGAUAUGGAAUCCAUAUAUUCCAGCACUCUGGAAACUACUUCUACUCAGUGCAUGGAUGCAUCUGUCAAACAUGAACAAAACACUACUGAGAAAGUAUACUCCCUCCAGUGUACAGAGUGUGGAAAGUGUUUUAAAUAUCCUAGUACCUUUGAAAGACACCAGCGGAUUCACACAGGAGAAAAACCAUAUCACUGCUCAGAGUGUGGAAAGAGUUUUAGAGACAAUGAUACCCUCUGUAAGCACCAGCGCAUUCACACUGGAGAGAAACCGUAUCACUGUUCAGAAUGUGGGAAGAGAUUUAUUCAACAGAGUCAUCUCCAAAGACACCAACGUAUUCACACAGGAGAAAAACCGUAUAACUGUUCAGAGUGUGGAAAGAGUUUUAGAAACAGUGAUACCCUCUACAAUCAUCAGCGCAUUCAUACAGGAGAUAAACCAUUUUACUGCUCAGAGUGUGGGAUGAGUUUUAAUCAAAACAGCAUUCUUCAGAAACACCUACGCAUUCACACAGGGGAGAAACCAUAUUACUGUUCAGACUGUGGACAGAGAUUUCGAGACAGUGGUGCCCUUUAUAAACACCAGCGCAUUCACACAGGAGAGAAACCAUAUCACUGCUCAGAGUGUGGACUGAGUUUUACUGAGGGUGGUGCCCUCACAACUCACCAGCGCAUUCAUACUGGAGAGAAACCAUAUCACUGUUCAGAUUGUGGAAAAAGUUUUAAUCAACAUAGUUCUCUGCAAGCACACAAGCGCAUUCACACUGGAGAGAAACCGUAUUUCUGUUCAGAGUGUGCUUUGAAUUUUAGUCGUCACGGCAGUCUCCAAAAACACCAGCGCAUUCACACUGGAGAGAAACCAUAUGUGUGCUCAGAGUAUGGAAAGCGAUUUAUUGACAGCGGUGCCCUUAAAAAUCACCAGCGUGUUCACACAGGGGAGAAACCCUAUCACUGUUCUGAUUGUGGGAGGAACUUUAGAGAGAAUCGUUUCCUCAAGAAACACCAGAAAGUUCAUACAGGAGAGAAAUCGUAUAGCUGAAUGUGUUUGGCCACAAGUCACGAGUCAUCAUACAUCAUACAUUAGCGGCAAGCUAGCUACCAUUACUGGGGAGAGAAAUAAGAUUAGUUCAGAGCUAGCUAACAUUAGGACAGGCUUUUCAUUUUGAGCUUAUUUAUUAAUGGAGUCUGUUUUAAGUGUUCAUUAUUCUUUAUGGUUCCUACAUGCAAUUCAGAUUGUGGUUUAAGAAAAUGUAACAUACAUGUUAUGUUGGCUCUGUUCUGCAAUUGGCUACAAUCAAAUAAAAUAAAAAUAAAAAAUCAAUAACAAAUGGAAAACAUAAGUUUUGAUUUCCAAUACAACACAAUAUUUUCUUCCAAAGAAAUGAUGACUACAUUUGUGGGUAUUAUAUUUUUUGAGGUCUUAAAAAGGUCUUAAAAAGCAUUAAAUUUGAACUUUAAAUGGUGCAAAAACCCUGCAAUUACAGGAAGUUGAGGCAGAAGAAAUAAGAAAAUCUAAAUUCUCUUUGUAUACUGGUUCAUCUCACGGCUGGAC